AUGGAGAAAGAGAUGGAAACCUUUAGCCACUUAGGGUCCUCUGAUCACAUGCUGGGUGAUGAUUCGCAUCUGGUUAAGGAAGCUAAAGCCAGACAAGAUUUAAGCCCAUUUGAAACUGGUAGUGAGAGUGGCAGCAGCAAACAUGAUACAUUGGACUGGGUGAGGAUAGACUGUGGAUCAGACUCAACCUAUAAAGAUGCAAACGGGGAUACUUGGAAGGCAGAUGACGAUUUCAUUAAAACAGGCAAUAACAAACAAGUCCCCCAGUGCAGCUCUUCCAAAGUAGAGCAACUGAACACACUUCGUGUCUUCAUGGAACAGAACAAGAAUUGUUACACUUUGCCUACACCUACAUCAACCAGAUAUCUUGUUAGAGCUAUGUUCUUGUAUGGAAACUAUGAUGGCCUCUCCAAGCCACCAACCUUUGACCUUGAGUUCGAUGGAAACAAAUGGGCUUCUGUUGUGACUACCAUGACUAGUUUCACCUACCAUGAAAUGAUUUAUGCAACCAAGGGAGACAGCAUUAGUAUUUGUCUGGCUCGAACUCAAGAUCAGCAGUUCCCCUUCAUUUCCAGGUUGGAAUCUUUGCCAUUGCCUGCUGAUAUGUACCCCCAGAUGAGAAGGGAUAUGGCCUGGUUCAAUAGCUAUCGCUAUAAUUAUGGAGCCAAUGAUCAGAUUCUUGGGUACCCUGACGAUGAAUACAACCGCAUAUGGGAGCCUAUGAUUCCAUCUGGCCUGGAGCCAGUAACUGCAAAUUUUACUUCUCUUGAUCUUACAUGUGUUAAUGCCCCCCCUGAUUCUGCAAUAAUCACAGCAGUUCACGCUCCAAGUUCAACGGAUACAAUCGACUUGAGUUUCCCUUUUGGCAAUGUGAGCCACCUUGACCAUGUUGAAAUGUACUUCACUGAACCAUUUCUGGCAACUAAUGCAAGUAGAUCAUUCAAUGUAACUGUAAACAAUGUUUUCGUCGCGAAUGCCACCAGCCCAGAAUACCAGAACUGUCUCAACGUAGGGACAAAUUCCCUGUCUGUCGGUAAUUUGGAUGUUCAGCUAUUACCAACUGAUAUUUCUACACUGCCUCCAAUAAUAAGCGCCAUAGAAGUUUACACUGUUAGUGAACCUCUAGUCACUGCAACUACACCACAAGGCGACUUGGAUGGAUUAGGAGAGUUCGUUGACACCUUUGAACAGCUGGAGGGAUGGAGCGGGGAACCAUGCCUUCCUAAUAACAGCAUCUGGCAAUGGUUGAACUGCAGCAGUGAUCAACCUCCAAGAGUAAUUUCAAUAUAUCUCUCUGGAUAUGGUCUCCAAGGUUUUCUCCCAGAUUUCAGCCAUAUGGAUGCCCUUGAAAUAAUUGACCUCCGUGAUAAUGAUUUCUAUGGCAAUGUUCCACAAACUAUAACUGAUAACAAGCAAAUCAAAUACAUGAUAGAUGGGAAUGAGAAUUUGGGUCAGGGAAAAAACGAAAAGGCAGAGAAGAUUGGGUUGUCUCUUGGUUCAAUACUAGUGCUGUGUCUUGUUAUUUUCUUGGUUUUGAAAUAUGGAAUAAGAAAAAAACCAACUCCAACUGGAAAAAUAGAAACGAUAAGAGAUGAGAAUGAUCCUGCAGAGCGACUGACGUAUAGAUAUGAAUGGAGACUGUGGAGGUACUACAUGAGAUAA